UUACUCACCUUGGCUGUUGCCCUGAGGCUAAAACUAGAGUCAUGGGGAGCCAGGUCCCAGACUGCACCCCCCCCCCAGCCUCACCCCUCCCCCACACAGCCUUCUGGAGCCAGGAAGUGGUUGGUGAAAGGGGGAGGCCAACUGGAGAACAAACAGGUUGUCAGGGGGUUGAGUGAUUGGAGCCCAUGUACCCUACCUGAGGGGCCAGGAGUGGUUGGGGAGGAGGAGGAAGAGCUGCCCCUAUAGCCUCCCAGGUCAACCGGACCCUAGCCACCGGCUCAGCCUCAACCUGGACCAUGACUUCAGCAGACCAUGGCACUUUAUCCCUGACCACCAGCCCUGGCUCUAGUUCAGGUGCCACUCCAGCACACCAUGACACGUCAUCCCUGACCACCAGUCCUGCUCCAGGCUCGACCACCACUCCAGUCUACCAUGUCAGCUCAGCCCAGAUCACCAGCCCUGGCUCAAGCUCAGCCGCCACUCCAGCACACCAUGGCACCUCAUCCUUGACCACCAGCCCUGCUUCAGGCUUGAUUACCACUCCAGUCCACCAUGUCACCUCAGCCCCAGCCACGAAUGGCACGUCAUCCCUGACCACCAGCCCUGCCUCAAGUUUAGCCGCCACUCCAGCACACCAUGGUACCUCAUCCCUGGCCACCAGCCCUGCUCCAGGCUCGACCACCACUCCAGUCCACCAUGUCACCUCAGCCCCACCCACGAAUGGCACUUCAUCCCUGACCACCAGCCCUGCCUCAAGCUCAGCCGCCACUCCAGCACACCAUGGCACCUCAUCCCUGACCACCAGUACUGCCCCAGGCUCAACCACCAUUCUAGUCCGCAAUGUCACCUCAGCCCCAGCCACCAGCCCUGGCUCAAGCUUGGACACUACUCCAGCACACCAUGGCACCUCAUCCUUGACCACCAGCCCUGCUCCAGGCUCGACCACUACUGCAGUCCACAAUGUCACCUCAGCCCUGGCCCCCAAUGGCACAUCAUCCCUGAUCACCAGCCCUGCUCCAGGCUCGACCACUACUGCAGUCCACAAUGUCACCUCAGCCCUGGCCACCAAUGGCACAUCAUCCCUGAUCACCAGCCCUGCCCCAGGCUCUGCCACCACUCCAGCACACCAUGGUACCUCAUCCUUGACCACCAGCCCUGCCCCAGGCUCGACCACCACUCCCGUCCACCAUGUCACCUCAGCCCCAGCCACCAGCCCUGCCUCAAGUUCAGCUGCCACUCCGACACACAAGAGCACCUCUACCAAGGCUACCACAACUACAGUCAACAAGGGCACUCCAUCCUCAGUUCCCAGCCACCACUCUCAUACUCCCACCACCUCUGCCAGCCAUAGUACCAGGACUGCUGCCAGUAGCACUAACCAUAGCAUAGUAUCUCCCACCUCCUCCAAUCCUUUUCCUGUUAGGGCCUCCUUCUUCUUCCUGUCCUUUUACAUUUCGAACCUCCAGUUUAACUCUUCCCUGGAAGAUCCCAGCACCAACUACUACCAGGAGCUGCAGAGAAACAUUUCUCAAUUGCUUUCGGAAAUUUAUAAACAAGAGGAUUUUCUGAGCCUCUCUGCUAUGAAGUUCAGCCCAGGAUCCGUGGUGGUAGAAUCAACUUUGGCCUUCCAAGAGGGUACCAUUGAUGCCCAGGAAGUGAAGACACUGUUUGAUAAGGGUGCAACAGAAGCAGCCAGAUAUAACCUGGACAUCUCAAGAGUUAGUGUGAAUGAUGUGCCAUUUCCUUCCUCUACCCAGUCUGGGUCUGGGGUACCUGGCUGGGGCAUCGCCCUGCUGGUGCUGGUCUGUGUUCUGGUCGCGUUGGCCAUCAUCUAUCUCGUUGCCCUGGCUGUGUGUCAGUGCCGCCGAAAGAACUAUGGGCAGCUGGACAUCUUUCCAACCCGUGAUGCCUACCAUCCUAUGAGCGAGUACCCCACCUACCACACCCAUGGGCGCUAUGUGCCCCCUGGCAGUACCAGACGUAGCCCCUAUGAGGAGGUUUCUUCAGGCAACGGUGGCAGCAGCCUCUCUUACACGAACCCAGCAGCCACUUCUGCUAACUUGUAGGGGCACAUUGCCUGCUGAGCGUCUGUCCAGCCAGUGCCAGUUGCCUCGCUCAGGUUCUUCACUGCCAGAACCCCCCCCCAACCCCCUCCACCCCCUUCUGGGCUGGUGAACUGGAAGUUCAGGUGGGCUGGCACAGCUCCCAGGCCCCACCAAAUCCCGACUCAUCUUAGCCCUGGUGGAGCCCAUCUGAGCCCCUGGAGACAUGCCUGGAGCAGUAGCUCCCAGGAGGACUGUUUCAGAAAGCCCCGAGAUGGGAGUGGGAGCUUGAACGUGGCUAAAUAAAACGUGGGCCUCCACUGCCCUGACCACCAA